AUGCCGAAUCUUGCGCUACAACUAAAAGGCGAGUUUACGAACGUGACACGACUUGUUCCCGCCGAGGGCGUAGAUGCGGCCAUUCUUUUACAGAUCGAGUGUACGUCGUGCCACGAAAAACACCCGAAACUCGUGGCGAUAGAACCUUCGAAUGUGGUUGAGAUGCAAAAGAGCCGUGGAUCGGCCAACCUCAUUGUCAACUGUCCUAGCUGCAGGCGGGAAAAUUCUGCGUCCUUUGUCGUGCGUAAGCCUGGCUCAAAAGAUGAGGAGAAGAUGGGCGAAGUUGCGCCGUGGUCUGAAAUAGACGUGAGCGCAGGCCCUGACUGGCACACACUGUGCACCGUAGAAUUCCGCGGCAUGCAGCCGAUCGAUCCUUCAAUCCAGGAGUUAUUGACAGAUUCGAGCUCUUGGAAGUGUGUUGGCACAGAAAGUGGCACGCCGUUUACAGACGUCCAGUUCGAGGAUGGCGAAUGGCACGACUACGAUGAGAAGGCAGGUGAAGAAGUGAGCAUGACUGAUAUUGAAUUGCGCUGGCAACGUGCUUAG